AUGUUUCGUUGUGGCGUUGAGGGCAAUCUGGCAGCUGAAUGCACUGGGGUCGUGGCUGCACCUAUUAAUUUGUUCUGGGACGAGGAUUUUCCGCCGUUGGUGGCGCGGGACCUGCCGUCUCAUGAUGGAGUGGGUGGGGAGGUUCCCCUGCCGCCUGCUGACCUGGUGGUGGCUGUUGGCCCGGCGUGUGUGGACUGUGGUGUCCACGACGAGGUGGUGGUGUGUGCGGCUCCGCCCCCACGCUCUGUUUCGUCGCUUCCACCGGUUUCUGCACCUGUUUCGGACUCUGCGCCUCUGUUGCCUUCGACGUCUCUGCAGGCUCCCUCACCUAUGUUGGACCCUUCUCCUACGGCUGCGCCUGUUCCUUCUUCUGUCUCCUCUGUGGGUAGCGGUCUCGUCCCCUGUGUUCUUGAGGCUGCCAUUCUGCGGGGUCGUGCUACCCCGGUUGGGGGACAGUCUACCGCUGGCUCUUCUCAGGUACCUCCUGCAGGGGGUGACAGCUCCGAUGAUCAACGGCCUUGUCCUAAGCGUUCACGCACGGAUGCGGGUGCUUCGCCUCCUCGAUCGUGGGCAGAGGAAUGUGAGGAUGCGGGGAGUGUCGAUGUUUCUUCUGCGAGCUGUUCCUCUGUGGAGUGCGAGGAUGGUGCGUCUGGUGCUGGUCCUCCGCCCGCUAUUCCGGUGUCUCCUGCUUCCUCGGCGGAGGUGCCCAUGCCGCCCAAGACGGGUUCUUCGUCUUUUAUGUACCGUGGUUGGGCGAGACCGCUUCCGCCGGAUGUAGAGAUUCCCGAGUAUAUGGAGUACCUGCGGUGUCGUGAGGGCCGCUCACCUACCGAACUGGAGUAUUUAAUAUGGGAGGCUUAUAAACGGAAGUAUCCGCCGUGGCAGUUUCCUGAGAAAUACCCUCCUCGUUGA